AUGAUCAUAUGGGCUAAUGGCUCACCCGGGUUUCCGGUUUACAAGGCUUUUUACGUCUUCUGCGGCAGCUGGAACCCCGCCUCAUACCUAGUCGGCCGAAAGUUUCGCUUGAGCAUUUCCGAGUUUUUCAUCGGUGCAGCCCUAGUCCCGCCGGAAGCAGUUCAAGCCGUUUAUGACUUCCCGGAUAUCGCGUUCACUAACGCACUACCCUACGACAAAACGCAGCAAGUGAUUCCUCAGGCAGACUUCGACGCAAACACCACAUUCGUAUAA